AUGAGACCAACUCACCUCGACAUCCGUCGGGUUCAGAAAAUAUACUCAAACGACCCGGAGCCAUCGGGUUGGGCAGAACUUAGAGCCCGCCUCACCGAUUAUACAUCAAAAAUAUCUGCGCAAGAGAGAAUCCCUCAGUAUGAGAGAUUAGUGAGAGCCCUCGAAGAGACCUACACUGCAGGCGUCAAUCUACAAACACCAGAAGCUCUCUCAACCGCCACCGGUUUGCUCCUACAGGUUGAGACCCCGUUGGAGUUGCGUUCUAUAGAGGUGGCUCUCGGCCUGCCGAUCAGACUCUCGAGUGCAACUCUAGGGCCGCUUAAAUGCCCGACCAUCACCUGCGGCUGGAGAUUGAAGGAGCAAGCCAGAGACGGAGGAACGCCCGGGAACGGGGCUUUAGCCUGGGGGGAGAGCGUGUUCGGUGUCCUCAACCCUAUACCAGGGUGUCCUCGGCUCGUGCUCCCGUUCCUGGCGGCCAACAUUACCAGCGAGCCUGCUGACGGGAGAACCCAAAAACUCCUGCGUGAAUCCAUGUGUUAUGGGGCCUGCAUGAUUGCCAACAUGCUAGAGGUCAAAAACGUUCCAGAGAUGCCCGAUCUAGUCGUGGAUAGCGGUUGCAUCCGCGCCUUGACGCUGACAAUAACCGGUCGCCGUAUCAUGCUGGUUGCUCACUGGGCCGUCGAGAAUGGGCCUGUGCCACCAGUCUACCUUUCCCGCAUCGCCAAGAUUGUCGCAUGGAAUGGCGGGAACCAAACUAUUGAAGCAGCCGAAGCGCUGGGGUUGUUGAUCUUUUGA